CCCCCCUGAACGCCCACGCACGGGAGAGGGGGGAGAAAGUGCUUUGUCAAUGUGGACAGACGACGCUGGGAGCGGCAGAGAUUGAAACAAAGUUUACUAUUAUAUCUCUCGGAAUAAGAAAGCAGAUUUGUUUGGAUUGGAAACAUUGUUUCAAUACUCCCUUCGUCGUGGACGGGUACACUGAAAUACAACUUUCAACCCUUAAUGCAUUUUAGCACUGACAUUUUUGGGGAAGUAGUUAACCAUGAUGGUAAGACUGACCCUUUGCCUGGUCGCAACAUACGCUGUCUGCCUGUCCGUAUGUCUGGUUGCCUCAGUCCGGGGAGAUCCCUGCCUCAUCAUCAGUGAAGUCAACGCAGACAACCCCAAACUGGACACCACUGAGUUUGUUGAGCUCUACCACACCAGUGGCCAGAGGGCCUCACUGGAAGGCUACACCCUGGUGUUCUACAAUGGAAACGGAAACAUAGCCUACAAAGUAUUGGACCUGAAGGGCCACACCACAGACGACCGGGGCUUCUUCCUGGUUGGCUCGGUGGACAUGCAGCCAAAACCGGCCAUCCCCCUCCCACCCAACACCGUCCAGAAUGGCCCGGACGCCAUCGCGCUCUACCACACGUCUGCGGCACGCUACGGGGAGAAGAUGAACGCCACAGCCGUGGGGCUGGUGGAUGCCAUCGUGUACAUGACGCGGCGGUCCGGGGGCGCAGAGGUCCUGGCUGAGACGUUGACACCUGGGGAGUCGGCCUUCGUGGAGGACGAGGGGGCGCAUGAGGGGGACGAGUCCAUCGAAAGGUGCCUGAUCUCUGGGGAAAGCUGGGGCUUCCAGGUGGACCUGCCAUCACCUGGCCAACGCAACCGCUGCAUCCCCCCUGAUCCCAGCACUGCCACCACGCGUAUCAGCGAGCUGAAGCUGGGAGGGGGGCAGGUGGACGGGUUUGUGGAGCUAAGCGAGUCCCAGGCUGCAGGGCCUCUGGUGCUGCUGGUGCUGGACGGGCGGACGGACAUGGUCAGCGAGAGUGUCGACGUGCACACCUCCAGGGAAGGCCUGAUCUCCAUCACCAUCGACAAGAACAACAUGAAAGGAGAUGAGUCGGGGGCAGUGGCGUUGUACAGUGGCAAGGCCUCGGACUUCCCUGUAGGCAGCCCCCUGAGCCAGACGCAGCCCCUAGACGCCUUUGUGUUCGCUGGACCAGGAAACCAACCCAGCGCCAACCUCACAGAGACCCUUAUACCAGGCAGACAGCCCUAUCAGCUCAGCGCCAGGUUUGGGGAAGGAGGCCUCUACCUCAGUCGCUGUGGUGUGGCCAGUUGGACCAGAGACCCUGGUGUAUUCUGGGAAGCGCCACAAACCCCCGGACAGCCCAACCAGUGCCCAUGGCCAAAGAUCUGCCCUCACGCCACUGUGGUCCCUGGAGGUACGGAAGUGCCCCCUCACCUCCCUCCCUGGGGUCGGGGAGACUUUCUAAUCAGCGAGGUAAAUGCUGACAACCCGGGCUCAGCCGAGGAUGGCGAGUUCAUCGAACUGUGGCACCCGUCGGGCCGCCGCGUCUCUCUGCAGGCCGUGUGGCUCCUCCUGUUCAGCGGACACAACAGCAAGCCCUACCGCGAGAUCAGCCUCACAGGCCACUUCACCACUGCCCAGGGCUACUUCCUGGUGGGCAGUGAUAGGCUUGUCCCAGCCCCCUCGAUCCGCCUGCCACCCAACACCAUCCAGAACGGACCGGACGCAGUGGCCCUGUACCGCAGCCCCUUUGGCCCGCCCUCUGCCUUUCAGACAGGGAUCCCCACCCAGGGGUUGCUAGACGCGGUGGUGUACCGGCUGAGGGGCUCGGACAAGGACACCCAGGAGCUGAGCGAUGCGUUGACCCCAGGACAGCUCCCCCUGCUGGAGGACUCGGACGUGCAGCCCGGAGACGAGGCCUUGAGCCGGUGUAACGGCCUCCUGCCCGCCGACCAGUCUGCUUUCGUGGUGGCCCCACCCACACCUCUGAGGGAGAACUCUUGUCCCCGUCCACCCCCUCCCCCUGAGGGUGUGGUCAUCAGUGAGGUGGGCGGCGCUCGCUGGACCAACCACAGCCGCCAGAGGGGGUUUGUGGAGCUGCUAGGACCGCCCCUGACCUCCCUACAGGGCCUGGUCCUGACAGUGUUUGAAGAGAAUCGAACCGGUACGACCAUGGCCCUACCCCUGACCAGUUUCACCGACCACAACGGCUUCUACCUCAUUGGGAACGUCACCGGAGCAGACCAGGUGUUUCCCGAGGGGGCCACAAUUCCGGCCAAUGGAGCCGUAGUGCUGUGUUCUGACACAGUCACUGUGUGUAGAGCUGGUACCACCCUAACCAACAGCACUCUCCGAGACACCCUAGUGUUCAGUAAUGACCUGAGACUUCUCAUUAAACUCUCAGCCACUAGAGGGCAGCAGGUGAUGCCUGUACUCAGGUCAGUGGAGGAAGGUCCUGUAUCUCUCUGCCGUUGCUCCUGCUGUGAGGCGAGAAGCCCUUCCUCCUGGACCAGCUCCUCCCCCACCCCACGCUUGACCAAUAUCUGCCCCAGCCCCGCCUUCUCCAGCGACAUCGACCUAUGCUUGGCACCCCUCUCCGGUGAUUGGCAGGAGCACCCAGGAAACUGCAGUGGGCUGGUGCAGAGUCACAGUGAGAUGGAUGUGGCUGGCUACCUGGAAGAAAGAUGUCACUGUGGUAUCUCUGCCCUCUACCUGCAGGUGGCCAACUUCUCCUGUGCUGCCGGGUGGCUGCGUGUGCAGGGAAACAUCCAGGCCCUGUCAGACCACCAGAGGGCCCUCAUCCUCCAGACCUCCCCCACCCAGGGGGACACCUGUAACGGCCCAGCUACUGACCGACGCAUGAGCACUGAGUCUGCCCUGGGCCUUCAUAUUGGCCUGGUGCUUGGAGCUCUACUGCUACUGGGACUGGGGGCAGCCCUCUUUACCUACCUCUACAAAAAGAGGCGACCACUGGACUAUUACUCCAUGGAGUUGAAUGAGCAUGGAGAGGGACUUUCUGAACUUUAAGUGUGUGUGUGUGUGUGUGUGUGUGUGUGUGUGUGUGUGUGUGUGUGUGUGUGUGUGUGUGUGUGUGUGUGUGUGUGUGUGUGUGUGUGUGUGUGUGUGUGUGUGUGUGUGUGUGUGUGCAUGUGAAGGAGCAUUCUUUAACGCUGGUGAGUGAAGGGAAGUUGUCCUGCCUGUCUUUUUUCAGACAUUGUGUUCUUUUGUCUGUGUUUUUGAAUGGGGAUCUCCCACUAGAUAAGGGACCAGCACCAUUUUUGUAAAUGUGUACGAAUUGCCAUGCUUUUACAUUCCCUACAUCAUAAUUCCCAGUAAAUGUUGCACUAGUUUUACUACUAUGUCAUAAUCAUGGUUUCACUGUCUCGUGCCUACAUUUUUUUCUCCUUCAUAUUCUCCUUUUAUUAAAUCUAUCUGAAAGUGUAUGAAGUAACAAGACUACAAAUCUAAAAAGCAAUCAUGAGUUACCAGUACUGAAAGUUCUGUUGAUUUGUUUGGUUAAAAUGUGAAUGCUUGUGAUGAACCAGUGAUUACAGUAACCAUCUUUUUUAUUUUUUUAUUUUUUUUUACAUUUGGCAGAAUAUAUGUUAUUUACAUUCUAUUAGUUGAGGAAUAGAAAAGGAAUAUGAAAGACCAUAUGGAGUCUCUCCUCUCCUGGAGCUAUGGAGUCCUUUAUAAGCACAAAGCUAUUUUAUGAUACCACCCCCCACAAAACUGUUAGAAAUGAGGAUUUAAUAAGAAUAGUAUUUUCAUUAUUGGAAAAAUUGGUCUGUAUUAAUUUGAAACCGUUUGUAUUCUAGCUGGCUUGCAAACUGCUAUUGUGCCUUUUUACUUUUAUAUGAGGUCAAAAAGGCCUGAUCUGAUGAGUAUUUUGUAGAGAAGAACUAUAGCAAUGUCUGUGAGAGCCUUGUGUGUAAAUUUGUUUUAAAUGUUCUCAGGGGGAACUGAACUGUAGAAGCAACCAUAAAUACAACCAAUCACAUUAAAAAGGGUAUUUACUGUUAAAGACACAAAUGGAAGUAAAUAUAGGUUUGCCGAAAUGUUCAUGAUCAAAUUCAGAGCAAAAACCAGGCUGUCCCUUUUUGUAUUCAAUUCUAUUAUUUUCAAUCUGCUGGAAGCGCAUUAACUUUGAUCAGCUCCUUGCCAUGGAAUAGCGUAAGACGGUGGUUUUCAACGAUUUUCAAGGACUGCCCUAUACAACACAAUCACUCCAGUUCUUUAAAGUUUAGUGGUCGUAGCACAGCCUUGUUUUUGCCCUGGAUUUGCUCUUUAUAAAAUAAUAGAACCGUUUGUGGCUUUGCUAUCAAAAUAAUUGUGAAACUGCUUUGAAAUGUCUCAUUGUUUUGUUUUUAUGGCCAAAUGUAUCUAGAUCAAUACUUAAUGUAAAGGGAAUUUGAAGAAUGUGUCAUUUUUUGUCAUUUUAUUGCUCUUUUUAAACCUCUUAAUCGUGUUAGUACAUUUCAAUUGAAUGCACUUUGGUAGAUAUAUUUUUUCAUGCCAUGUAGCUAAGUUUGUAUUCAAAUAAAUUGAUAUUUCUUUAGAUGUA